UAUGAUUCAUUGAGAAUUCACUGCUUAAAGCCUUUCACAAUAUUGUUGACAUAUUCCAAUAUAUUAAAGAAAUACAUUUUAAGAAAAAAAAAAGAAUUCGUGGCCAAGUGCAUAAUUUAAUUCGAUUUAAUAAAUACGUCGCAAUGGAACGGUGUUGAAAGUCUAAUGAACGUAAACUUUGUUAAACUGACACUAAAGUGGCAAACAGAUUCAGGGCAGACAAAUUAUGAACAACUCACAAUCGAUAUCGUCAGUAAGAUCAAUUCCAUCGGAUAUACAAGCGACAGGCGACGAGACUGCAAUAUCUAGCGAAACCGUUGAACAACUCAAUUCAUCGACAGAAGGCGCAACCGGAACAGUAGCUACCGAUUCGAAUCCCUUUUUUUCAACAUUCCGAUCAAAUAUGGAGAGAAGACUUAAUGAACGUACCCAAAGCUGGCGAACCAAUUUAAACAAUGUGUUCAAUGAAAUUCGACCGAUCAUCCAACAUAGCCAAAGUGUCAAUGCUAAUAGCAAUAUUUUCAACAAUUUUCGACCAAAUGAACUGCAUACUUCGGAAUCAGUCCCACAGAUGAGUCAAGUGCAAGCAGCUGAUAGUUAUGUUAUUAAUUUAGAUGGACAGUCGAGUUCACAGCAACAGUCAAUGUAUUAUUCAAACACAUCGGUUGGUGAUCGAAGUAUGAACGAGCAUUACACUUCCGGCAACAGUGACAUAGAUCCUUCAAUUCAAGACAAUGCACGACGACCUGAUCGACCUCAGGCACAAGCGAAUAAUUCAAAUAUACAAGGAAAUACAGCACCAGCACAACCACCACCACCACAUCGCCAUACCAAUAACAAUAACAGUAUGGAUGACGUAACGGAUGCUUUUGCCCAAAUUCCCGAAGCCAGAGAUAUGAUGAAUGCUCUGAUGAGAUAUUUUCCGUACGUCUGCAUCAUUCUCGUCAAAACGUGCUACGAUCUCUUCGACGGGAUUCUGCAUUUUUGCUCGUUGUACAUUACAUUUUCACACGCCAAUUACGUUGUACGGCAGGAAAUUUCCAAACAUGCUCAACGAAGCACAUUCAAGUUGCUGCGAGAGCUCCUCUACAUCUCGAUUGUUAUCUUCGUGAUCAGCUACUUAAUGGACAAUUCAAUUUUCAUUGUCAGCUUGGUAACAGGCAAUACCCCAUUAGCUCCAUUGAACCUGCGACAGCUGUUGUUUUCCGUUGGCGUCACAGAUUUGAUUCUAAAGUUAAUCACGGUAGCUAUCAAAAUUGGAAUCACAUUGCUGCCUGGUAGUUUGAUCGAGUACAAAGGAAGGGGACGCAUUUUUUUGAUGACUGAAGCCAUUUCGCAAUUUUGUCGUGGAUUGGCACCGAUUCAACCGUGGCUAGUAUUCCUACUGGAUUCGUAUUCUGGCUCGGAAAAGAUCAUUGGUGUUGUAUUUGCUGCCGCAUACAUGGUUGCCAAAGGAUCAGAUCUCGUACAAACAGCAAUGUUUGUCAAGCGCGCAUUUAUUGAGCUGCUGAAAAAAGUGAGUUUCGGAUCGACUCCAACGAAAGAGCAACUAGAAUAUGCCGGCACCCAAUGUCCGAUCUGUCAUGAUAAUUACACGUCACCGGUACUGCUCGAAUGCAGUCACAUUUUCUGCGAGCUGUGCGUGGGCCAUUGGUUCGAUCGGGAACAGACAUGUCCGCUGUGCCGGGCGAAAGUUGCCGAUGAUCCAUCGUGGCGGGACGGAGCGACGACAAUGUUCAAUCAAUUUUACUAAUCGAUUUUUUUUUUGCUUUAUUUGAAUUUAAUUUUAAUUUUUCGUUUGUUUUUUUUUAAAUCAUGUAACUCAAUGAUGUCUCUUCGUUCGAUUUAAAGACGAUGCUCGGUGAAACGUUCGUUCGCUUAGAUUUGAAUCGAAAAUAAUUUUUGUAAAUUAAAUCUUUUUUUAUUCAUUUUAUCAUUGACAUAGGACACAGCAUUUUUUUUAUAGAAAUUCAAAUAAAAGAAGAAGAAGAAGAAGGAAAUGUGCUUCACCCACCAGAAUAAAAAUCCCAACUCCUGUAUUAUUAAUAGUGUAGAACCAAAUUGAAAUUCAUUGUACAAUCAUUGCAUGCGUACACUCCAGUAUAAUAAUGUAAUGUACACGAUAAUAGAACGUGCAGUGAUUGACCA